GCCUGACUUUCUCUCUGUUUUUGAAUCCAUUCCAUUUCUUUCAAGAUUUCCUUCCAAUGGCUCCGAUCACUCAACUUCCCAUCGACGGCGAAGGUAUCUGUAUGGUCUGCAAAACCACGCCAUCGGAGGAACAGAAGCUUGCAUGCGGCACGUGCGUCACUCCUUGGCACGUGUCUUGCCUUUCAACCCUACCGGAAAAUCUACACUCGACGCUUCGUUGGGAGUGUCCCGACUGUACGGCGCCGGCCGACGUCAACGCUGAAGCUGUUCCCACCGGAGUUACUGACGGUUCUAAUGGAUUAAUCGCUGCGAUCCGUGCGAUUGAGGCCGAUUCGACGCUAUCGGACGAUGAGAAGGCGAGGAGGCGGCAACAGUUACUUAGCGGAAAGGUUGGAUCUUCUUCUGAUGGAGAAAAAGAGAAAGGAAAAGGACUUAUGAACUUUCUGGAAGAGAAUGUUAACUGUUCGUUUUGCUUGCAAGUACCGGAAAGGCCUGUAUCGACACCAUGUGGUCACAAUUUCUGCUUAACCUGUUUCAAGAAAUGGACAGGACAAGGAAAGAAAACAUGUGCAAAGUGCCGAACAAUAAUACCCAAGAGUAUGAUUAGUCAACCGCGUAUUAACUCGGGAUUGGUGGAUACCAUCCGAUCAGCCAAAUUGGCGGCACAAUCAAAUGGUUCCAAUGUGCCCAAGAUUGUUCCAAAGUUUGUGCAUAACCAGGACAAACCAGAUCAGGCUUAUACAACUGAUAGAGCAAAAAGGGCUGGGAUGUCAAAUGCUGCAAGUGGGAGGAUAAAGGUGACUGUAGCACCAGACCACUUUGGUCCAAUUCUUGCUGAAAAUGAUCCAGAAAGAAAUCAAGGGGUUUUGGUUGGUGAAGGUUGGGGAUGUCGUUUAGAGUGCAGGCAGUGGGGAGUUCAUCUUCCUCCUGUUGCUGGUAUAAGUGGGCAAUCUAAAUAUGGAGCACAAUCAGUGGUGCUUUCUGGUGGAUACGAAGACGAUGAAGAUCAUGGAGAAUGGUUUCUUUAUACCGGAAGUGGUGGGAGAGAUUUAUCUGGAAAUAAAAGAACAAAUAAGGACCAAUCAUGUGAUCAAAAUUUUGAAAAGUAUAACGAAGCAUUGCGCGUUAGCUGUAAAAAGGGCUAUCCUGUUCGAGUGGUUCGGUCUCAUAAAGAAAAGCGGUCAUCAUAUGCUCCAGAAAUGGGCAUUUUACGAUACGAUGGAGUAUACAGGAUAGAGAAAUGCUGGCAAAAGAAGGGAAAACAGGGGUUCAAGGUCUGUCGGUACUUGUUCGUUAGAUGCGAUAACGAACCUGCGCCAUGGACAAGUGAUGUACGAGGUGAUGUUGUUAGGCCUCUCCCUGACAUUUCUGAGCUGAAAGAGGCCACUAAUCUUUUCGAGAGGAAAGAAAGCCCUAUGUGGGAUUAUAAUAACGAAGAUGGUCGCUGGAAGUGGACAAAACCGCCUCCUGCCAGCCAAAAACCAUCGGCUUCUGAUGAAGGAACAAAAGGCAAGAGAAUCAGAAAAACCUGUGAAGGUGAAAAGGCAAACAAAAAAGUUCUAAAAGGACUGAGUUGCUUUAUCUGUAAAAAGGUGAUGGUUUUUCCUCUAACGACUCCCUGUGCUCACAAUUUCUGCAAAGGCUGCUUGGAAGGCACUUUUUCUGGGCAGUCAUUCAUAAGAGAGCGCACAAGUGCAAGAGGGAGGAGCCUUCGCACUCAGAAGAACAUAAUGAAAUGCCCCUCGUGUCCAAAUGACAUCGCUGAGUUCCUUCAGAACCCACAGGUAAAUAGGGAUCUGCAGAUGGUAAUUGAGGCUCUCCAGCAAAAGACCGAAGCUGUAGAGGAAGAAGCUGUAGAGGAAGAAGCUGUAGAGGAAGAAGAGGAAGAAGAAGAAGAGGAGUAUGAUGACGAAUCUCUGGGGAAUGAUUGCGAAGAAGAUGAGUUGAAAGACCCCGAGGUGAUUGAUCGUCCAUCAAAACGGGCAAAGGUUGAAGCUAUAGUGUAGAGAAAAGCGAGGCCAUUCAAGGAAACAGCACAACCCAACCGCAACUGAUUGUGAAUGGAAACGACAACAAGAUUAGAUUGUGAGAUAUUUUGGUAGAAGGUCUGUUUUGUUGUCCUUUAUGAGGUUGUUGUUUACAUGUUUUUGGAUAUGGAGAAAUAUGGUAUGCACUAUAUAGACAGGAAAUGAUAGUAACAUUGCAUUAUCUCUUAAUAUUAUGUGAGGCUUUAAUAUUUUACUCAUUACAU